AUGUCUCCAGCCUUCGACCGCAGGAAAGAGGCCAUCCUAGCCCAGCUGGCGAUCCCCGAGGGCGAAUACACCGAUCUCUCGCCCAAGGGGACCGUCGACGCCGGCGUCCGCGACCUCGUGGAUGAGAUCAACGCGCUCGCGGGCUUCGUCACGACCAGCAGUUGCGCCGGCCGCGUCGCGGUCUUCCUCGAGGGCGCGAAAAAGAAGGCUGCUGCUGCUACUACUACCACUACUACUGCUUCUACUUCUGCUUCUACUUCUGCUACUGCAACAGGAGAGGUAGAUCAUGACUCUGGUGAUGCCAUCGCCGGUGUCGGCGGCAAGGGCGGUGGGCGCUGGUUGUUCGUCUCGCACGAUCCGGUUGAUUUGGGGAAGCUCGGGGACGACGGGGAGCUGCUAUCGGCGCUCGGCGUGCCGGUGCAGGAGGAUCAAGGGACGACGGGUCACGGUAGCCUCGAUUUAAGGACAUGCCAAUUGCUACAUUUGAAAUUCGAACCGCUGAUCUUGCACAUCCUGACCUCCUCCCUCGAUGACGCGCAGUGCGCGCUGUCCGCGGGCAUGGAGGCCGGCUUCCGAGAGAGCGGCAUAGGCAGCGUGACGGGCAGCGAUGCGACGCCCCUGGUGGCCGUGCGAAGCGGCGGCCUGGCCUUCGACUGCGUGAUCGGAUACGCCGCGGACGCGGAUGGGAUCCGGCUGCUGGUGCCGCCUGCGUACAUCCGCAUGAUGCUGGGGGUCGCCAAUCGGCGCUUCGCCGCCAACGGCGAGCGCAGGGAGCGCUUCCGACACGCGUUGCGGAGGGGCCUGGCGGGCGGCGGAUCGGACGGCGCUCGACCUGCUGGCUGGGAGCCGGAGGAUGUCCGACGGGAGCGCAAGCGGGCGGAGGGGCUUCGCCGUCGAGAGGAGCUCGCGUCUCGUCGGCCACGGCAAGAAAUGAGCGACGCGCCGACGGAACAGGACGCAGUGGAUUUGGGAGUAGCCCUGAACGACGAGGUCUAA